UGCACAACCAUUAGGUUGUUUUGCUAAGACAAUGCGUAGGUUGUUCGUCAGGUGGGCCGAAAUCUCAACAUAUAAAACCAGCAACUAAAACUAAAGACAGAAAGAAAGAAAGCAAAAUCAAACUUAUAGAGAGAGAGAGAGAGAGAGAGAGAGAGAGAGAAAGCAAAAUCAAAAACUUAGAGAGAGAGAGAGAGACAAUGAUAAAGGAGACGUUCUUCAUAUCGCACGGAGCGCCGACGCUGUCGAUCGACGACAGCCUGCCGGCGAGGCAUUUCCUGCAAUCUUGGAAGCAAAAGGUGUUCCCGCACACACCCAAAUCCAUCCUCAUAAUCUCAAGCCACUGGGAAACUCAUGUCCCAACAGUCAACGUCAUCUCUCCCUCCAAAGUUAACGACACCAUUUACGACUUCUCUGGCUUUCCUAAACCCAUGUACCAGCUCAAGUAUCCAGCACCAGGAGCUCCACAAUUAGGAAAGAGAGUGAAGGAACUUCUUUCGGCGUCUGGGCAUGACCAGGUCGACGAAGACAAAGAACGUGGGCUGGACCAUGGGGCGUGGGUUCCCCUAAUGUUGAUGUACCCAGAGGCCCAAAUCCCGGUUUGCCAACUCUCGGUCCAGACCCAAAUGGAUGCCACUUACCACUACAACUUGGGCCGGGCUCUGGCCCCUUUGAAGGACGAAGGCGUUCUCAUCAUCGGCUCCGGAACUGCCACUCAUAACUUGAAGGCAGUGAGCUACACCGAUGAGUCAUUGCUUCCUUGGGCCGUGGACUUUGAUACUUGGCUUCGGCAUGCCCUUGAAGAUGGAAGAUAUGAAGAUGUGAACAAGUACCUAGAGAAGGCGCCCUACGCGAAAAUGGCACACCCUUGGCCGGAACAUUUCUACCCGCUGCAUGUGGCAAUGGGCGCAGCGGGCGACCAAGCCAAGGCGAAGCUUAUCCACCAUAGCUGGAGCAAUGGUACCAUUUCUUAUGCCUCCUACCAAUUCACUGCUCCUAACUAGUGUCACUAGUUGUAAUAAGUUGAUCACUUUCUGGUUACCUACGCUUGUAAUAAUACACACUUCAGAUGAAUUUUUUGCUCUUUGCAUUAUAGAAUGAUCAUGUGUGUAUGUUUGUAUUUGUCAGCAUUUAUGCUCUUAGGAAUAAAUGUAACGAUGUUCUUUAAGACAUUUUAAAUAUU